AUGGGUCCCAUGCUCCCCGGAAAGCCUCUGGCUGCCCUCACGCGGUGCAGUCUUCCUAGCAAUGUGAAAACCACCACAACGCUACGCUUUACUUCAACCUUGCAAGCUCAUGCCCAAGCUCAAGCCCAGACACAAUCGAAGACGAUCUCCAAUGCUUCUCUCCCACCACUCGCCGUUGUGCCCACACGAAUCCUGCUCAGAUCUCUUCUCGUCGCCACGAUCUCCUCGAAGAAAUACCUUCUGAUCCCGGCCCUUUCCUUGAUGUCCUUCUUGUCCAAGCCCGGAAGGAAUUGGCUAUGCGACGUGGAUCGCAAUCCUAUUCUACAUGGUAUACUCAAAAAGACCUUCUACGAGCAAUUCUGUGCUGGUGAGAAUGGAGCUGAGUGUAGAUCAACCAUUAAGGAAUUGAAAGACAUGGGUUUCCGGGGUGUGAUCUUGACAUACGCAAAGGAAACCGUGUUUGAUCACAGCACUGGGUCCUCACACGGCCUGGGUAUAGCUGAGAUCAAAAGUGAGAACGGUGAUGUGUCCGUCGAUGCCGUGGUUCAGAAAUGUCCCAGCAUUGAGGCCUGGCGGGACGGAACUCUGAAAACAAUCGAUAUGACAGAAGAGGAAGAUUAUCUUGCCGUUAAACUUACUGGUGCCGGUCUCAAGGUUACCGAUGCUUUCUCCGUCGGAGACCUGCCCCCACAACAGAUGAUCGAUGCACUAGAUGAGAUUUGCUCCAAGGCUAAGAGCCGAAGAGUCCGAAUCCUCGUUGAUGCCGAGUCCCAGCACUUCCAAAAGGGGAUUGCCCGCAUUACCGUGGAUCUCAUGCGCAAAUAUAACCGCGACGGCAUCGCCACUAUUUACAACACAUACCAAGCCUAUCUCAAGAGCACACCUACCACAUUAGCCAACCACCUUGCCGCAGCAUACGAUGAUGGAUUCACUCUUGGUCUUAAGGUUGUGAGAGGUGCAUACAUUGCCUCCGACGAACGUUCUUUGAUACAUGACACCAAGCAAGAAACCGACGACGCAUAUAAUAUGAUUGCCCAAGGCGCAUUGAAGAAGAACAUCGGAGAAUUUGGAGACAAGGGCAGCCGUCCUUUCCCAUCAGUGAAUCUAUUCCUAGCAAGCCACAACAAAGAGAGUGUGGUGAAUGCACACAACCUUCACAAGCAACGGACUCGAUCUGGAUUGCCGACCGUCCCAGUCCGGUUUGCUCAGCUCCAUGGAAUGUCUGAUGAAGUGAGCUUCUCGCUUCUCGGAAUGAACGAUGGUGACGGGUCACCAGAAGUCUAUAAGUGCUCCACAUGGGGAGGAUUGGGUGAAUGUCUGGCCUACCUUCUUCGCCGGGCAAUUGAGAACCGAGAUGCUGUUCUCCGAACUGAUAGCGAGUAUCAGGCUUUGAAGUCUGAGACUUUCCGCAGAUGCAAGUCUGUGUUCUCUCUAUCUCCAUCUUCAUAG